CAGAAAACGAAAACAACAAAUACCCGCGCCAGUGAAAAGCAAGGGCAGUGGCACAUAUACGCGAAGCAGGAAUACAUGAUUGGGGCUUGGUGAAUUACGCUCUUCUACCAGCGAUUGUGUGACCGGUGGAAAUUGGCGGCUCCGUGGACGGGUUUAUUGCGGCACAGCAUACAAGGACGAUGGAUCCGACGACGUUACAGGAACGUUAUCCGUUCAUCACCAAGGACUACCUGCAGGGAAUACUGCGGCGGGAGCAGUGUGAAAGUGCGAUAACGGUCGAGAGCUUCAAGGUGGUAGCGCCCCUAGCCAAGGGUGAAAACUAUUCCAGUGACAUCUUGCGGGUGACGGUGAACUACACGACCGGAAGCCACAACCACAGAACGCAAACGUACGUCGUCAAGGUGUCGUUCGCACGUGACGAAGAUGCCGACCUGCUGGAUGCGUAUGAUGUGUUUAAGCGCGAGAUCGCCGUGUACGAUGUGGUGAUGCCAAAAGUCGAGCAGUUGUUGAGCUCGAUCGGAUACAACAAGCGGUUGGCACCGGUUGCCCAUGCCAUCCACACGACGACGAUCAAGCACUUUGUGUUCGAGGAUCUUUCCCUGCAAGGCUACAAGCCAGUUGGUCGAGCGGCGGGGUUGAACUUUUGCCAGCUGCAGCUGGUGUUGGAGAAGAUCGCCAAGUUCCAUGCGGCUACCGCCGUUCUGUACACCAUCGAUGCAGAGAGCCUUGCCUCACAUCAUUACCGCAACAUCAGUGAGGAUGUGCCUCAUUUUUACCCACUCUUCCAGAACAGUGUGGUCGCGUGUGGUGAACAAGCAUCAAACUGGCCGACGACGAAGGGCCGGAUCGCGGAAAAACUGCGCGCCCUAGAAGGCACGAUCAUCGCGAAGGGUUGCCGAGUGUACACACGCAGUGAUACCGACUUUAACGUGCUCAACCAUGGUGAUUUGUGGGUGAACAAUGUGAUGUUUAAGACGGAACCGAGUGGAAAACCGCGGGACGUUAUCCUUGUUGAUUAUGCGACCGGUUUCUUCGGUUCGCCGGCCAUCGAUCUCAGCUACCUGCUCUACACGUCCGCCGCCAAUGACGUGACGGUUGAGGACUUCGAUCUGCUGCUGCAGCACUACCACGCCGAGUUGGUCGAUGCGCUGACAAAGCUGAAGUACAGCAAACGAAUGCCCACCCUGCUGGACAUACAGAUCGAGAUGCUGCGCAAGGGGCAUAACGGCGUCAUGUUUUCCACCUUCCUGAUACCGCUGCGACUACUGGAGGACACCUCCAAUGCCGAUCUGGGUGGACUACUGGGUCGAACGGAGGAGGCGAUCGCAUUCCGGAGACGCUUAUUUUCACACCCAAAGUACCAGGACCGGAUGGAGUAUUUGCUUAACUUUUACGAUCGCAAAGGAUACCUUGAUUGA